GGCUCUCUUCCUGCCCCGCCCCUGGCGCUAAACGGGGAUUGGGUGAGGCCCGUCUUGCGUGUUGACGACACACGGGUACGUCGUUGACAGCUGUCGGGAGCCGGGAGAGAGGCGGCAGCGGGGCAGAAUGUCGUUGGCUGCUUAUUGUGUAUUUUGCUGCAGAAGAAUAGGAACUUCUGGUCCAACCACAAAAAGUGAUCUGCUGUGGAAAGAUAUCAGAAAAUUUUCAAAAUUAACUGGAUCACUUAUUCUCGGAGGUUUUGUAUUUAUUACAUAUGAAGUUCUGGCCCUAAAGAAGUUACUGACACUCGAUACUCAAGCUGUACAGCAAGAGAAACUGAAGUCCUAUAUUUAUAUAAAUACAGUUUCUUUAGAUCCCAGUGAAUGUCAAGGAAUCACAUGCAAGGCAAGAAAAGAACUUCAUAAAGUAGUGAGGAAAAUACUAGAAACUGAAGCUAAAAUACUCCGGAGACCUUUUGAUGAAUAUUUCAGUACGUUUACAGAAGAUCAUGAACGUGCCUUGUGGGUCCUCUUGAAGAGAAGUCAAUCAGAAGACAGAAUCGUUCGACUGCAGGCGGUGCAGCAAUUGGCAGAGAACGGUCACUGGCAUGAUUAUCAAUAUAGGACGAUUGCUCAAGCCUGUGAUCAGAGGACUGUGAUUGGUUUGGCCCGAUCCAAGGAUAUUGAUCUUCGUUUUUUUUUGCCACCACCUCCCUUACCAAAAGUAAAAGAUGUCCCAAACGAUUUCUCAAUUUGGAAUGAAUUAGUCCAAAGGAAGAAAACAUUCUUUCAACACCGGCAGAAGAAGCUAUUGCUGUUAAAAGAUUAUGCUAUAGAAGAUGAGCUCCGAUUGUUAUUGGUAUCUUUACCUCAGACUGAUCUUGAGCAAUGUGUCCAGUACUUCACAUCUCUGGCUUUAAGAGAAAGCAGUCAGACUCUAGCUGCACAAAGGGGGGGCUUAUGGUGUUUUGGAGGAAAUGGGCUUCCUUAUUGCGAGACUUUGAGUAAAGUCCCUUCAGAGACAGUAGAACUCUUCUGUUUACAAGCUUUAGUGCAACAUUCAAAGGUUUCUACUCAUUGUGAUAAAAUUGAAGCAAAUGGAGGUCUUCAGCUACUACAGAGGAUAUACCAGCUGCGUAACGAUUCUGCGAAAAUACAAAGGAACAUAAUUCGCAUCAUUGGAAAUAUGGCUUUGGAUGAACGUCUUCAUUCAUCCAUAGUACGUGCAGGUUGGGUUUCCAUACUAGCUGAAGCAAUGAAGUCUCCUCAUGUCAUUCAGUCUUCACAUGCAUCCAGAGCCCUGGCUAAUCUGGACAGAGAGACAGUGCAGGAAAAGUAUCCAGAUGGCGUAUAUGUUUUACAUCCACAGUACCGUAGCAGUCAGCCCAUUAAAGCAGACGUCCUUUUUAUUCAUGGUCUUUUGGGAGCAGCAUUUAAAACCUGGCGACAACAAGACAUUAAACAGCCUUUGGAUGUAAAGGCUUUCGAAGGGGAAGAGGUUUACAGUGAAUGCUGGCCAAAGACCUGGCUAGCCUCAGACUGUCCUUCGCUUAGAAUUGUAUCUGUGGAGUAUGACACCCACCUGAGUGAUUGGAAAACAAAGUGCCCUAUUGAGGACCACAGGAAAUCUAUUGCUUAUAGGAGCAAUGAGCUUCUUAACAAGCUUAGAGCUGCUGGUGUUGGAGACAGACCUCUGGUAUGGGUAUCACAUAGCAUGGGGGGUCUUCUAGUUAAAAAGAUGUUGGUGGAUGCUUCAAAGAACCCAGAAAUGGAUAAAAUUGUAAACAACACCCGAGGAAUCAUAUUUUAUAGUGUACCUCACCAUGGCUCCCAGCUGGCUGAAUACUCAAUGAAUGCUAGAUAUCUUCUCUUUCCUUCUGUGGAGGUUAAGGAACUCAGCACAGAUUCUCCUGCCCUUAAAGAACUAAAUGAUGAUUUUCUUGCAUUUGCCAAGGAUAAGAAAUUUCCAGUCUUGAGUUUUGCAGAAACUUUACCAACACGUAUAGGUAGCAUGAUAAAACUUCAUGUGGUACCUGUGGACUCAGCCAAUUUAGGCAUAGGAGACCUAAUUCCAGUGGAGGUUAAUCAUCUGAAUAUUUGCAAGCCAAAGAAAAAAGAUACUUUUCUAUACCAAUGUACUGUAAAGUUUAUUCAAGAUGCUUUAGCAAGAGAACUGAGAAGUUGAGACUUUACCAUCCUUGCUUGCUUCUCUCUCCCAUUUGGUGUAAUGCAACAAAGUCUUUCCACUAAAACUGUUGGCAGGCCUCCAGAACUACAGACACGAUAUUAAUAAAAUCAGCUGUCCAAGUGGCUUUGAAUAUAUCUUCUGUUUGGAAAUCUACAUUGUCUACGUCUGAAAUGCAUUCAACAUAUAUACAAACAACCACAGCCCCAGAAAUCUGGCAAUAAAAGGUGAAAGUCUGAUGUGAUUCACUUUGACUUAUUGACUACAUGUAUGUAAUUCCUCUGCUGAUUUGACCAGUAGGCAAUGGGAAUGCAGUGGAAAGGCUUCAGGUAUCCUGUAGCUACUCUUCUGGAGCAGCAUGGAUGGGCUAUGAAGGGUGUCCCAUGGUUCACUUCUUAGCCAAGAAAGGUUGCUGUGAUUGAGAUGAAUGUACAUAUGGUACACUAAGGACCAAAAACAAUAAACCCAGAUGAUCUGUUUCUGUAAUAACGUAGAGAAACAAAUGGCUGUCUCAAAGUACACAUCUGCUAUCCAUGUUUGGGAGUCUGAAACCUAUUAAGAACACAUGUGAAUGAUUCAAGAUAUUGUUUUGAUUGGACCAGUUUAUGCUGCUUGCCUUUCUGUUUAAUAGGCCCAGACAUUCUUCUAGUUUAAUUCACUUUUACCAGUUGGCAUCAAUUGAUAACAGGCACAGGAAACAGAGUGCUGUGUGAGAAAGAGAAGCAUCACCUAAUCUUUUGAUCUCUGGUAUGGUAUCCUAUGUAAAGGAGACAGUGACAGUUUAAUUUAGUUUUAAACAAAAAGAUAAAUACAUUCUUGUGCUGUUCCAUUUUAAUUCUGUCAGCGUUGGGCUUCAAGAUCAUAGGAAAAGAACACUAGUGUGAGAAGUUUUUGACCUAGUUCUCUGCUCUGUCAUACACGAGAUCUGGGUUGGGGACUUUUAUGCUGAUUUCUUGCUGCCUACUUUGGGAGUGCUGAAAAGGCAGCACACUUAACUCUUGGCCAGAGUGGCACAUGUUGCCCAAUAGGAAGCUCUCAGCUGAUUUAAGAAUGGUGUUGAUGAGGCUCAAAUAGAGGGAAACUUGUGUAGUCCUUCACAAGAAAGAUGGUGGCUAUGAUAUGAGGCUUUGGAAUUUGCAGGGGAGGGGGCAGGAGGCUAAGGCAGAAAACAUAAAGGAGUUCCCAGGGCUCCAUCAGAGCAUUUUAUAUUUGUGGGGGCCUAAACUAACUUAUUGCUGUACAUGGAGGAAAAACAGCAACAGUUUCUUAAAUAAUUAUGUGGAGUGUUUCACUGUAUUUUUU